AUGUAUAUAAAAAACAGUUUAUUAUUCUGUGGUGAGCCACCGGCCUCACCACAUGGUUCCCUCCCUGCCGGUCACGCCCCGCACGUUGGCAACACCGCUCGGCACCUCCGCGUCGCGCCCGACAACGAAGUGCCGGGCGGCCGUCGGCCCAGAGUCGUUUUAACACCGCCACGCGCUAUCGCACGUGUCCGCUUUUUCUCCGCGCUUGGUCGACCCGUCGAAAAACCACGUCAGCACGCCCUCAAGCACGCCGCCACUACCACUGGUACGCUCAUGGCACCCCGGGGCACGACUAUGGUUUACCCUACGGCCUACGACGACACCGCGCUCCACGACUUCUGGACUAGACCCGUGUGUCAGUCACGCGCAAAGAACUCGCGCCUUUCGAUCGCCUCGUGA